AUGUCGAGCACUAUGAAAAUGCUGCGCAAAAUUUAUCAACAGAGUGAUAAAAAGUCUGUUGUGACAGAGCUUAUCGCUCUCAGGCCAAUUUCACCUGUUGAUACUGCUGAAUCACAUCCAUUUCAAACAGUUUUCGAAGAUACGAAUCCUCCACCUGAACCAGUUGAUCAGUUUGCACCUUACCUAUCACGAAAACUCACACUUAAAAGAAAUGAAAGAAUAGAAAAAUUAAAAGCAAAAAUGCAACAAGCAAAACCAACAUUUGUUCUUACAGGAUCUAAUGCUAUGGCUCCUGAUGAUGAAGUUUCCCAAACUCAAUCAGCAAUUGUUAGACCAAACUUAGAAAGAAAGAACGAUAUCUACAAUAAUUUAACUACAAGAGCUCUUCAAAAGCAUAUCAAGAUGGAGCAAUGCUUCGAUAAAAUUGUAUCUCAGUCAUCAAGUAUGCCUUUACCAAGAUUAUUCGAAACAGUUUUACAAACUUAUUUCCUUGCAGAAAAAGUACUUUUUUAUCACGAUGUAUCAUCAGUCAAAGUUUUAUAUUGUCCAUCUACGACAACUUAUUGCUCACAUGGCCAAUGUUUAGUCGGAUAUUGUCAAUUUGCUCGCCAAAUUCUUAAUAUUCCUUGCGCAAGUAGGCACAUUGCAUAUGAUGCAAAGGAAGAAUACGCAAAUUGCCCGCCAGAUGCCCAUGUUUUAGUUUUUCCGUUAUAUGAUGGUUCUACACAUGUAAAAGCAGUCAUUGAAGUUGUUCGUAACUCUGCCUCUCCAGCCUUUAAUGACGAUGACGAAAAAUUUGUUGAAUAUCUCCAAGAAAAAUGUAAAAUUUAUUCAAGAUGGCUCUUUCAACCAAUUCUUGAUGAUUCAUUUGCAGCUGAUCUUAUGCAUACAUGCCGCCUUCGCCAAUUCGUUGAAUCCAUUUCAGAUAAGUUGACAAAAUUAUUUUCAUGUCAUGAUGCAGAAAUUUGGAUGUACAAUAAGACGAAAGAGCAAGUAUUCGAGUACAAGCCAGAUGCCGAUGAGCCAGUCCAAAUUCCUGCAAAUGAUUCUGGAAUUCCUGGAUUUGCAUUAAGAAAAGAAAUUCCUGUCUCUUGCAUUUCAUGCAGAGUUCACUCCGCGUACAACCAGAAAGCUGAUGGUAAUGGCGAUUAUUCCGUCCUUGCAAUGCCAGUCCGUGAUCCAGAUUCUCCAGUAAUUUACGCAUUAGUUUUAAGAGGUAAAAGAGUUCUGCAGUUCUUUACAGAUUAUGAUGAAAAGAUUUUAAGUAGAGUUACAUCUUAUGUUAUUUCCGCUUUAGUUUCUGCAGAAAUUGUCGAAAAGAACCAUCUCGCCCUUGAAGAAUCCCUUAGACAGCAGAAACGUCUUAGAUCCCUCCUUGAAGUCGCAGAAACAUUGGCUGGUCAACUCAGAAUGGAUGUCCUUAUUCCAAAUAUUAUGACAAGAGCUUGUGAUCUCGUCAAAGCCGAUAGAUGUUCACUUUUCCUUGUCAAUGAUACUCAUGAUAAGCUCCAAAUGUCUUUCGGUGCUGGUCUUAAGACGACAAUCGAAAUUCCAAUCAAUGCUGGUAUUGUCGGUUGGACAGCCACGAAAGGAGAGAUCCUGAAUAUCAAAGAUGCAUACGAUGAUCCGAGAUUCAACAGAGGAACUGACUUGGCAACAGGUUAUCGUACACUUACAAUUCUUUCUGUUCCAAUCUUUGAUGACAAGAGAGGUAUCAGAGGUGUUACAGAAAUGAUUAACAAAUUAGAUGGUGUUUUCACUGAAGAAGAUGAAAAAUUGAUUCAAAUUUUCAACGUUUUCUGUGGUAUUUCAAUUGAAAACGCCAGAUUGUACAGAGCAUCAUUAGAUCUCACAAUGCAGCUCCACUCUUUCAGAGAUAUUUCCGCUUCUCUCUCUCAAUCUCAGACAAUCAAGAAAUUGCUCGAAGAAAUCAUCAAGAACACAAGAACUGUCAUUGGUGCUGUUUACGCUGACUUCUAUAUUAGCGAAAAUGGCCAGAUUCAGUUUGCUCCUUUCGUUCAAGAUGAAGAUAUUGAUGAAACAUCAAAGAAAGAACAAAUGAAGAAAGAAGGUAAAUCAGAAGAAGACGCAUUAGGCGUCAAACGUGCCAUUAUUGCCCGGCUCAUGCAAGGCGGCGCAGAAUACGAUGCAGAAGAGAAGAAAGAAGAAGAAAUUCGAAACCAAAAGAUUCAAAAAUCUGUUAAUCUGAAAGAAUCAAUUUUGGACAACAACGAAAAAGAUUACGAGAAGAACAUGAUGAUUGUUCCAAUUUUGAGUAGCGACAGAGUUGUUUUAGGAGCUGUCGUCAUGAGAUGGAAGAAGACAAUGAAACCUUUCACACACGAUGAUCUUAAACUUCUUGAAUCAUAUUCCGUUUUCUUGAGUUUAUCACUUGAAAGAUUCAAACUCAAGAACAUUGCACAAUUAGGUUCAUUAGAAGUUGAAACACAGAACGUAAUGACUAAUGAUGAAAGAACAUUAAGUAUAUUACCAGCCAAACUCGCAAUGACUGAUGAAGAAAGAGGUGCUUUGUUGUUAAGAAACUUCGAAGCAACCGAUUGGAAAGGCAUCGCUUUGUUCAAAGUCAUCUUUAAUGUUUUUGAUUACUUCGGUUUGUUGAAGAAGUAUAAAAUACCAAACCAAGUCAUGUUCUCAUUUCUUUACGAGAUGAGAGAUAGCUACAACCCCGUCUUCUAUCAUAACUGGACGCAUGCUGUUGAUGUUACUCAGUUUAUGUCUCAUGCACUGGUUAUUGCUAAUUUAAGAGAAUUCUUUACACAACAAGAAAUUUUGGUUCUUUUGACAGCUUGUAUUUGCCAUGAUGCAAAUCACGAUGGUUUCUCGAACUCGUACAAUUUGAAGGCACAAACACCUUUAGGUAUUUUGUUCAAGAACCAGUCUGUCAUGGAAACUCACCAUUGUAGUGUUUCCAUUUCAGUUUUGACACAUGAAGAAUCAAAUAUUUUCAACAUUUUCGAUGAUGACACAUUAGCAGGAAUUUGGCAGUUAUUCAUUGAUCUCAUUAUGGCUACAGAUAUGGCUAAACACUUUGAUAUUUUAGAUGCAAUCAAAGCUCAAAUGUUGGCUGGUCAUUCAUGGAAAGAAGAUCCUGAAUUCAGAAGAUUAUUCAUGUGUCUUUUGAUCAAAGCUGCUGAUAUUUCUAACUGUGUAAGAGAAUUCCAAACUGCUGAUAGAUGGUGCGAUGUUCUUUGCGAAGAGUUCUUCAAACAAGGUGAUUUGGAAAGAGCUCAAGGAAUGGAAUAUUCUUCGCCAAUGAAUGACAGAGAACAUCUCGAUAAAGCUAAGUCACAAAUCGGUUUCUACAAGUCUGUUUGCUUGCCUUUGUUCGAGUUACUUGCUGAAAUUGAACCUGCUUUCCAGGUAUUCGUUGACAACUGCAAGAACAACUUAGCACAAUGGAUGCAGAGAGCUGAAGCUAAAGAAGCAGAGGAGAAAAAGAGGAAAGAAGAAGAGGAAGAAAAGAAGAAGAAAGAAGCAGAACUCAAGGCUGUCGAAGAAGCACAAAAGAAGGAUAUGGAAGAAAUGGACAGACAAAAGAAACAAAGAGAAGAAGCAAAGAAGAAACAAAGAUAUUAA